AUGCUGUCAGUGCAGCGAGUUACUUCAAAGGCUUUUGGCGCCUUCGAGGGUAUUCGGACCUUUUACUUCCCCAGGAAGCACUGGUUUCCCUGGCGUGUGCGCUUGGUCCGGCAGCGCCAGGCCGCAGUACGUGCCAAGCGACACCUGUGGCCCAGACGUAGCGAUUCCAAAGAGGAACCCAUCUUUGGAGACAAAGAUCAGGAUGUCCUCGCGUUCACGGAGAAGGAGAUUCGUAUCAGCUUUAAGAAGUUGGUGCACUACGCCAGACUGAUGAAAAGGAAGCAGAUCCAGGAUGCGUACGAGUGGGUAGAUUCGCUUGCGCGGAUGAAGUCGGAACCCAUCCUGAAGCUCCUGGAGAAGGCCAUGGAGGAAUGUCGUGACAGGCGGGGUUGGGAUCUGGCGCGGACCUACAUCUACGAUCCCCAGCCCGGCUUUGGGUUCUACGUGAAGAACCUGCGGAAACACAGCCGUGGGCGCUACGGCAUCAUGAAGAGCCCCAGGAACCGCUUCACCAUUCGUGUACGACAGUACACCUUGGAGGAGUGGUUUCAUCGCAUUUACAUCUACAACAAGGUGCCACGGAGUAUGUCCUCGGACAUGCGCUUGGCUCUGCAACAGAAACGCGUGAGUCCGCAGAUGCAAAAGGAGUGGUCGCCUUAUCUCUGCGCGUCCAGUCGCAUGUUCCACCGCAAGGAGCUGAAGUGGCUUGACAACACCAGGCAGUUCGACUACUACAAGGUUAGACGUGAGUGGAUCGAUAGGUACAAGGCCAACCUCCUGCGCGCCUCCACAGAAGCUCGUGAAGCGCGCGGCCUACCGCAGCUGGCCAUGCUGGACAUUGCGCGCAACGUCCCAGUGGAUCAGUUGAUUCGUGGCAAGUACCAGGACAAUCUGGAAUUCUUGCAGUGGCUGAAGUGCUACUGGGAGAAGGAGGGUGGUGCCGGGCACCGCCAGUAUGAUGCGGUGGCCGUGCGCGCGGACAAGACUCUGCCCCCUUGGGCCAAGCCCUUGAAUAUUUUCGCAUCGAGAGGCUUUGAGAAGGAGAAUCAGAAGCCGUGUAUUGUCAAGGACGAGGUGAGACCGGUACGACGGGCGCCGGUGCCGCAUGAGAGGACGGUGACGGCGGUACCCGCAGCGGUCUUCAAAACCUUGCCUUCCAAGGCGCGAGUUCGAAGGAACCUGGCAUACCGGCAUCUGAAGGCUGCUGGUUUGAGAACUUUUUUGGAGCGGCCGAGCGUUUGUGCAGAGUUAAACCGGGAAUCUGUGCUGGGAGGCGUGCAAAAAGGGACGGCCAGCUGA